CGGAAACCGUCGAUUUGACUUGAGGGGCGUACACAACAGCAGCCAAGGUUUCAACCUGGAAGUUGUGGUUGUCUGAAACGUACGGUCUCGUGAAAUUAGUUUUGAUCAACCAUUCAAAAUGUCAAGGAUUAAUGUUAAACCUGUGUGCUAAAGUCAUAAUAUUGGAAGGAUUACGGAAUACUGUUAUCUAUUACGUGCAGAUCUGUGUAGGUGAGCCAUGCCAGCAGGGUCCAGUGGUGACUGUCCUCAUCUGGAGUGUGUGGGCGAGAUCACCAAAGAGGAGCUCAUCCAGAAAUCCCAUGGCCAGUGUCAAGACUGCAAGGUUGGAGGGCCGAAUUUAUGGGCUUGUCUAGAGAAUGGCUGUUCCUAUGUGGGCUGUGGAGAGUCUCACGCCGACCACAGCACCGUCCAUUCCCAGGAGACGAGGCACAACCUGACGGUGAACCUGACCACGCUGCGCGUGUGGUGCUACGCCUGCGGGAAGGAGGUGUUCCUUGAGCGCAAACUGGGGCCCCGGUCCCCCCUGGCCAACAACAAGCCCCUCCCCUCUCUGCACACCACCACCAGCCAGGAGAGCGGCCGUGCCCCAGGAAGCCCCACGUCUCUCAGAGUGCCCCCUGCUGGCGGCAGUGAGGACCUGGACAUGGAGACGGAGGAGGAGGACGAGCUACGCACGCGAGGCCUGACAGGAUUGAAGAACAUAGGGAACACCUGCUACAUGAACGCUGCCCUGCAGGCCCUCUCCAACUGUCCGCCUCUGACUCAGUUCUUCCUCGAAUGUGGAGGUCUGGUGAGGACGGACAAGAAGCCAGCGCUGUGUAAGAGCUACCAGAAGCUUGUGUCUGACCUCUGGCACAAGAACAGGAACUCGUACGUCAUCCCGACCACUUUGUUCCAGGGAAUCAAGGCCAUCAAUCCCAUGUUCCGUGGAUAUUCACAGCAGGACUCCCAGGAGUUCCUGCGCUGCCUGAUGGACCAGCUCCACGAGGAGCUCAAGGAGCAGCUGGUGGAGGCCGAGGAGCCGUCGUCCACCUCGCACACCAUCACCAUGGACGACGGGCCGGACGAGGACCGCCACGGCCAGUCGGACAGCGACUUCCAGUCGUGCGAGUCGUGCGGGAGCAGCGACAAGGCAGAGAGCGACGGGCAGGGCGGGGGCGACGGGCGGGGGGCGGACGGCGCCAACGAGGCGGAGAUGCUGAUCCCGGAUGAGGGCCGGGUCAACCGGGAGUGGCAGAAGGAGAAGAACUUGAUCAACGAGGCGUACCGCUCGGGCGGCGGGGUGAACGGGGGGUCGGGCGGAGACCUGGACAAGGACGUGGACACGGCCGCCAACGAGGCCACGCCCAUCAUCAGCAGCCAGGGCACCAUCAAGGUCCAGAUCCAGGCCAGGACCACAACACCAGACUCCUUCCCAGAGGUCCAGGUGAGCAGCAGCGUGCGACCACAGAGCCCUGUCUUCAUGGAGAGCCACAUUCCCAAGAUGUCGAGCAGCCCCCCCAAGAGCGCCUCCAUGUGGCCGGGCAUCGGCGUCAACCACAAGAAAGUGACUACGUUCACGCCUCCUAAGAGCAGGCAUCAGAGGAAGUACCGCAGCGUCAUCUCCGACGUGUUUGACGGGACCAUUGUCAGCUCUGUCCAGUGCUUGACCUGCGAUAGGGUGUCAGUGACUCUGGAGAACUUCCAGGAUAUCUCCCUGCCCAUCCCAGGGAAGGAGGACCUAGCCAAGCUUCACUCGUCCUCCCACCAGACCUCCCUGGUCAAGGCGGGCUCCUGCGGAGAGGCCUACGCCCCCCAGGGCUGGAUCUCCUUCGUCAUGGAGUACCUUAAGAGCUGGUUCUGGGGGCCUGUGGUGACACUGCAGGACUGUCUCGCCGCCUUCUUUGCCAGGGAUGAGCUGAAAGGAGACAACAUGUAUAGCUGUGAAAAAUGUAAAAAAUUACGAAAUGGGGUGAAAUUCUGUAAAGUUCAAAGUUUGCCAGAGAUCCUGUGCGUUCAUCUGAAGCGCUUCAGACACGAGCUGAUGUUCUCCACCAAGAUCGGCACCCACGUGUCCUUCCCCCUGGAGGCUCUGGACCUGCAGCCCUUCCUGGCCAAGGACAGCUCAGCCCAGACCACCAGCUACGACCUGCUGUCAGUCAUCUGCCACCAUGGCACUGCCAGCAGUGGCCACUACAUAGCCUACUGCAGGAAUGACCUCAACAACCUGUGGUAUGAGUUUGAUGACCAGAGCGUGACCGAGGUCUCCGAGUCGUGUGUCCAGAACGCCGAGGCCUACGUUCUCUUCUACAAGAAGAGUAACGAGGACGCUGUGAAGGAGAGGCGGAGGGUGACGGGGCUGUUGAACAUGAUGGAGCCCAGCCUGCUGCAGUUCUAUGUGUCGCGCCAGUGGCUCAACAAGUUCAAGACCUUUGCUGAGCCGGGGCCCAUCUCUAACAACGACUUCCUGUGUUCCCAUGGAGGUGUGCCGCCCCACAAGGCAGGCUCCAUAGAUGACCUGGCAGUGAUGCUUCCUCAGAACGUGUGGGACCACCUCUACAGCAGGUAUGGAGGCGGACCAGCUGUCAAUCACCUGUACGUCUGCCACACCUGCCAGACGGAGAUCGAGAAGCUGGAGAAGAGACGCAAGACGGAGCUGGAUAUGUUUGUCCGGCUGAACAAGGCGUUUCAGGAGGAGGAGUCUCCGGUCGCCAUAUACUGCAUCAGCAUGCAGUGGUUCCGAGAGUGGGAAGGCUUUGUCAAAGGAAAGGACAAUGAUCCACCUGGCCCAAUCGAUAACUCUAAAAUUGCCACCAACAAGAACGGCCAUCUAACACUUAAACAAGGUGCUGACUCUGGCCAGAUAUCCGAAGAGACGUGGAACUUCCUGUAUUCCAUCCAUGGGGGAGGCCCUUUGGUAACUGUUCGACCAAACAUCAGCCACCAGGAAGUAGAAACCUCACAGUCAGAAGAGAAGAUCGAGGUUGAGACGCGAUCGAUUUAAGAAAACCCAAGCUUGAAAGCCUUCCCUGUGAAGAAAAAAUACAUGAAAAGCCUUUUUAUUUUGCACUUUUUUUAUUUCAAAAGAAUUAGAGCAAAUGACCUGACUAAGAUCACUACAAGACAGCUCUCGAUGUCAGGAAGAGGGAAUAAACAUGUUUGAGAAGGUUUGUCAUGCUUGUACAUAAAUGUAUAAAUCUCCCCAAUUUCUAUUAGCACUGUAGAAUACAUGUUGGGAUGUCUCCAGAACCAAGCAUUUAAUUUUGUGUACAGCUAAGGAUUUACCUGAAUGCCAUGUGUUGUUUUUUUCAUGACCAAAUAGGAAAUGUCCACCUUGUGUGUUGUACAUGGUAAAGAAUCAUAAUGUAUCUUGUAUAUAUUGACAUGGUUCUCCUUUUAAAAGAAAAUGUUGUCCAAGUGAAUGGUUUCAGAGUCCAAGUGCUGCCAUUUUCCUUAAAGUGAAGAAAAAUCUCAAUUAGCAAGGGAUACUAAGUACUAACUGAGUAGCCUCAGGAAUUGUAUGUUUUACACUGUACUGUAGACUGGUUAAGUGGCAUGCUCACGCAAAUGUCUGAUUUGUAUUUGAAUGUACCAGUACUGAUAGUGUAUGGGUCAGGAGUGCUAGCACUUUCUUGUUAUUUAUCCCUGAGGGGUGUGAUUUACCAUGAUGUUAAUAGACUUUUUGUAGAAAAUAUUUGGCAGGCCGAGUCUGUUAGAGAAUGCAUGCUUAGGGUGCACACAAGUAAAUUAAAACCAAGUUGACCACAUAAAUGACAUUAUAUUGCAUGUAAAUGCAUAGCUGCUCUUGCUACAUAUGUAUACAAGCACCGUGGCUAUCUUGUCUGAAAUGUAAUGAGCUGAAUACCUAAUGAGCUAUCAAAUCAAUAUUUCCAUCAGCUAUUCCAGUUGAAGGCAUUCAUUUCUGUAUAGGGCAUGGUGUUGCUUAUGUGUUCACUGAUGGGGGGGGGGGGGGGGAUUGAGAAUGCUGUACAUGCACUUGGAAAAUUGCAUAUGAAUACUAAACUAUUCAAUGAUUUUGGCUGGCUGAUAUUAAAA